GUCAUAUAUAUUCAAGACUGUGAGUGCUAAUUAAAAAGACCUAAGUACCAAUCAGCUCAGAGAGACUCUUAACUACGAGGACGGCUAUUGGAAUUAGGAAAACGGAUAAGGGCGUCUAGGAUAGGACUUAAAGUAUCUGACAGAAAAAUCUGGUUAUUGGAAUUAUUGUGUGAAGAAACUGACAAGUUUUCUAAGUAUGCAGAUCCAUUAAAACCGUAACUUGCAAUAACCGUUAAAAUGUGGAAACAAGUUUGCUUAACUUGGAUCAUAGCGCUGCACCUACAAAUAACUCCUAAUGAAGCUGCAAGAAAAGGAGCUUGCGGUGGAACUUACGUGGCUGCUCGAGGCAUUCUUGCUACGCCAAACUUUCCAGGUCCCUUUGAAGUACCUAUUAAAUGCCAAUGGAUUAUCGAUGCAAGCAACGUAGUCUCCUCGAAUACAUCGAUCGUGGUUUAUUUUACACAGCUGUUUACUUACGAAGGUCUUACUUUUACGGAAUACCAAUUGUAUGGACCGGAUUACAAGAUAAAUCCAAAAAUAAUCCAUAAAGUAAACGAAACGAAUGUAAUUCGUACGCGCUGGGUCCAGACGUAUCAGAGUUAUCUGGUGAUCGAAUUAAAGAUGCAAUCGGCCGAAUCGGCACAUCUCCGAGUUUUAGAUAAAUUCCUGGAUACGUACGGGUUCAACAUCACUUACGAAAUUACUACGAGCGGGGUUAGAGGCCCGUCUUGCACAAUGAUGGAUUGCGGAUUUACCGGCAUUUGCUACGAUCACUACACAAAAUUCUCAUGUAGCUGCUUCGAUGGGUAUUCUGGAUCAAAUUGUUCGGAGGGACCAAAAUCAUUCUGCUACACUAAUGGAACGCCCACGUGUAAAAACGGUGGAACCUGUCUGCACGUCGGUGUAGCGGCCGUUAAGUGUCACUGUCCGAAGGCUUUUACAGGAAACACCUGCGAGACCUCUGUAGAACAGGCCAAUUUUAAAGCUUUAAACGAUUGUCCAAACUGCCCUACAAACUGUACUGUUACCGAUGGGAAAGUGUCAAAGGCUUGUAACUGCCUAAACAGCAAAACAGAUAUGACAGGUCAACCAGGGAUUUUUGCGACAUUGCAUUUUGGAAAUCUACCAACUUUAGGGCCGAAUGAACUUAAAGGAUACAUUAAAACACAAAUACUGAAACAUCUGCAGGCAAACGUUUCGAAGGUAGAAAACUUAAGUAUCGUCAGUUUAGUGCAUUAUAUGUCUGGUGCGGACGUAACGUUUCAAGUAUUUGCCCCAAAAAAGGAGGAAAAAAAAGUAAAAAAUGUUCUAAAUAAGUGGGCUGACCGUGGCUACGUCGCAAAUAUCACAGUUGCUGAAAAGGACAGCUCAAUGAAAACGCCACUCUCAAUUCAGAGCGUGGAUAUAAAUCAACCAGGAGUUAUAAGGGAAAAUGACGAGUUUAUUUUAAGCUGUGUCGCCCGAGGGUCUCCAUCCAUGACUUUUCGCUGGUUUAAGGAUGGCACGUUUGUUAAUUUGACAUAUGCUCGACACAAGUGGAUAAAACUAAUAAAGGACCCUCACGUAACUGACCAGUAUACGGCCUUAUUGGCGGUUGAAAGGGCACAAAAGCAGGACGAGGGAAAAUUUACAUGUCAAGUAGAGGAUUUUAAUAUUCAACAGUGCAUGGCGAAAUACGUUAAAAUCAAAAAGCGACCGCUGGUGAAAAUAGAACCUAUGAGUUUGACUGUGAGAAAGGGACAAAAUUUUACAAUUAAAUGCGUAACUUUGGAAGGCAAUGGUGGUAUUGGUGGCAAAUAUACUUACAGUUGGACCAAAAAUAAAGAAUUAUUACCAGUGAAGACUGAAUCUGAAAAAUACGAAUUAUUGUAUCCAGCUGGAACUAUUUUACAAAUUUUUCGGGCAGAGAAAGAUAUACGUUAUUCAUGUUUAGUCCAAGAUAGUACUACAUCAACUGAAAAAAAUAUACAAGUGCAUGUAUUGGAUCGAGAAGGAGUCAAUACAUGUCCCAAAGAAACCGCUUAUGACUUAUCUUGGCCAGAGACAGCUCCUGAUACAGACUAUUUUCAAGAUUGCCCCAAGGAAUAUUCUGGAAUUGUAAUAAGACGAUGUAUAUUAACUGAUGUUAAAAAACCAACAUGGGGAAUAGUAGAUUUUUCUAAAUGUACUAAUAAGAUAUUAGAAGAUGUUUACAGUAGGUUCGAGGGGAUAAAACUUGGAUAUAUAACAUCAAACAUCGAAAACAUAAUUUCCGGAUUUUUAAAUUACGUAUCGUCCGUAAGAUUGCGCCCUGGUGAAGGAGCUAGGAUUUUAAAUUUAAUGGAGGAAAUAAUAAUAUUUCUUGGACAAACUAAUACCGGAAAUAUUUCUUUAAAAAAUGUGACGCUAGCAAUUUUUUCUGUCGCGAACACUAUUUCUUCGUCAUCGGAGGCGUUAAUGGGAGCAAAGCAACUCAAUCUUUUUCAAAAGAUCCUUUUCUACCAACUGAAAAUAUCCGCUAACGUUCUGGCGGAACAGGAAGCUCUUAAAUCAUUUAACCUCUCCCUGAGUACUCUGGAUAUAACCGGGUUAAAAGAAACUUCAGGCCAGACGACGCUUCUGCAUAUACCCGCCGCAAGUGGAAGAAAGUUUAGGGAGAAAUCUUGGGUUGCUGUAAGAUUGGCCGCUGAGAAGAAUUUUGAAUCAAAGUUACCAGGCUUAUAUACAGGGAUCAUCUACCGAAAUUUAUCGGAAUUUUUUCCGCCACAGCUGUUUUUGCGAGUUAGAGAUGGUUCAGAAAUCCAGUACCAAAUAUUUUCGCAAAUUAUAACGUUUGAGCAGGUGUAUCAAAACGACUCCCAAAAAGACAACAAAGUAUCAGUAUCCCUAGAGUUCCAGCACAAGUUUAGCUCAGAUAUGGUAAACGCUAGCAAUGGCGAAAGAUGGGAAAUAAGGUGUGGAUAUGCUGAUAGCGGAUCAUUUGGUUAUACUUGGGAUAUCCAGACAUGCAACCAUAAAUAUAUUGAUGAACGAUCUACUAUAUGCAAUUGUUCCAAAUUUGGAUCGUAUGUCUUGAUCUUGGUGCUUACUCAGCCAGAGGAAGAAGUCAUACCCGAUGAGCCACAGAAAUACAUACUUAUUUGCAGCUUCCUUCUGUGCAUUAUUUUAACAACCUUCACAACCAUUUGCCUGGCGCUUUCAUGUAUUCUUACAAGAAGUUCGCCGAUACUCAUUCUAAAACUACAAUGCUCCAUUUCAAUAGUUUUUUGUCAAGUAUUAUUUACUCUGGCUAUUUUAAUUGAACCGCCUCAGCGUUAUUUUAUGGUGUUUUUAACAUUUUUGGAAAUGUUUAUUCUAUUAGGACUCUCGAGCCAUUUAAGCAAACUUUUAAUCAUUUUUACUGAAUUAAUUGAUGUCCCAAAAAGCGUAUCUUCAAAAUAUACCGUUAUGGGAAUUAUAUCAGGUGUACCGCUGAUAACAAUAUUUGGAAACCAUUUAGCAUACAAAACUAUGGAUAUGACGUUAAAGUCAUGGUGGAUGAUGGAAAAUUCCUUAGCAUUGAAUACUCUUAUAGUUGUUGUGACAAUAAUUACGGGAUUGUUUGUAUUUAUUUAUUUUUCUGUUACCAGAAAACUAAAAGAGUUGAUCGCUUCUCAAGAAAAACAUCAAAACGCUGUUCGAAAAAGGUAA